AUGGAUGUAGAACCACGUGCGAAUUACAGGGAUACAACUUUUACAGCGCCGAAUGCACGACCGCCCAUACUGUUUGGCCAGAAGCGACUGCCUUCAAAGAAUUUCGUCAAGUACCCGAUGUACGAGAAGCUUUUGUUGCCUUUUGACGUUAAGACGAGGGGGCAGCAAGCCACGAGGCGCAUUUUGCUAAAAUAUAUCGUCAAGAUAUGUGGUGAAAAGAAU